AUGGAGGCUGUAUACAAUUCGCUGGGCCUUCAAGCCACCACAUUCUGGACAAGCAUUGUCGCCAAUCACUCGCCGCAGAAAAUUGAAUUUGUGGGAACUCUCCUGAUCCAAAUCUUCUGCUUCUGGGUCCCCGCAAUUUUCUAUCUUUUACUGGACGUGAUCGCACCUUCGUUUUCACAGCGACACAAGAUCCAGCCGGCUCCCAAACAGCCAACCCGCCAAGACAUCGUCCGCUGCUUUACUGUUGUCGCGCAGAAUCAAAUCCUUUCAUCUGUGUUACACCUGACUCUUCUCUCCGUGACUAGUCGCGCAGGCUCGGGCUCCUCAUACCGCAUCGAAAAAUCCUUCCCAGGUACCAUCGAAAUCAUACGUGACGUGAUUCUCAGCCUUUUGAUGCGCGAAGCUCUUUUCUAUUACAGUCAUCGCUUGCUGCAUAUACCAUACCUCUACGUGCGCAUUCAUAAGAAGCAUCACCGCUUUACGGCACCUAUCGGACUGGCCGCUCAAUUCGCCCAUCCGAUCGAGCAGAUCUUCGCCAAUGCCUUGCCAAUUUCUUUGCCACCGCAGUUGCUCCACAGUCAUGUUUUGACAUUCUGGAUAUUUCUGUCUUUCGAACUCUUCAACACUGUGACUGUGCAUAGUGGAUAUGAUUUCUUCCACAACAAGGCCAAAAUGCAUGAUUUGCAUCAUGAAAAGUUCAAUUUGAACUACGGGUCGGUGGGGUUAUUGGACUGGGUGCACGGCACGAACCGGUUGGAGAAGAAGCGCUCUGAUUAG